UUAGAUGUCUUUUCAUUGUAAUAUGACACUUUGCAGUGUAAAAAUGUCAAAUUUACAACUAAAACUUGUUUACAGUUUAUUCAGUUUUAUCGUUGGCUAUAUUGCCUUCUGCUGUGCAAACAAAAUACCAUGUGGACAAUGUAAGUGUACAGAAGUUAGAGCAAAAUGCUUUGGUUUGAACUUUAUACCGAAGUUGCCACCAACAAUCAAUAUAUUGAUAUUAAAUAAUAAUAUUCUUACGCUGAUCAAUCGCCGUAGUUUUAGGAAUAUUUCGUCAAUCAACCUCACGACAUUAUGUUUUGAUAAUAAUUCAAUUGAGAUUAUUCAAGCUGAUGCAUUUCAUGAUUUUAAGUACAUUGCUGAGCUAAAUAUAACAGGAGAGAGGUUUUUGAAUAAAACAUCGUUAAAAUUUUCGUUCCUCAGUUUGACUAUUACAACCAUUCAAAAGUUGGGAUUAGAGAACAACAAUUGGAAUGAACUUCCGAAUGACAUGUUUAAAUAUUUAUCAGGAGCUAACUUGACUGUGUCGCUUAGAUACAAUUUAUUCAAUACACUAAAUUCAAGUGUUUUCUCACCCAUUUGUAAUCUAAAGAAAUUGCAAGUUACAUACAACGAAAUUGUGAAUGUCGACGUAAUAGGUCUUAGGACAACUGAGUACCUGGAUCUAUCGAAUAAUAACAUUUACUCGAUACCAAACUUUUGCAAAACCAGCGAUGAAUCUUUUGUUCCGCAUCUGCAAUAUUUGUCACUUGCAUACAAUGCCAUAAGGACAAUUAACAAAGAGUCUUUCAAAUGCCUAAACAGUUUAAAGGACCUUAUAAUGGAUGGGAAUCGUUUUCGAAGACUGGAUAAUAAUAUUUUCGCAUUACUACAUAAUUUGAGAAAACUUGCCAUGGGAGUUAAUCAACAGCUGAAACAGAUUGCUCCAUACGCAUUUAAUAGUUCUUCAUUACAGGUGCUCCAUUUGUACUCGAAUCAUUUCCAAUAUAGUGAAAGCAAAUUUAAGAAAAAGCGUUUUAAUCCGCGAACAAUUUUUCAAACUAUACCAAAUUUAACAGAAUUAGAUUUAUCUCAAAACUAUAUGAAUGAUUAUGAUAUAGUACAAGAACUUUUUUCAUCUACACGGAAUAUUCAAAAACUUACUUUAAUUUCGUCAUUUAUAUCAGCAAUCCCCGAAGAAAUAUUGCGAUCAAUGCCGAACAUCAAAUCAUUGAAUUUACAAGGAAAUGAGAUAGAACUAUGGGACAAAUCACUGUUCGAAAAUUUGCCUUCCUUGCGUGAAUUGUAUCUAGGUGGAAACAAUAUCCACGUUAUAAACGAAACGUCGUUUCCAGCAAGCUUGUUAAAAUCUUUAGAAGUACUAGAAUUAUCUGGUAAUCAAUAUCGAUGUACGUGUGAAAUUAAAUGGUUUUUAGACACAAUUCGAAUGACAAAUUUAUCCACCAAAAUGCAGAAAAAAUGGCCGAGUCGUUAUACUUGCUACUUUCCGGAACAUCUACGAUUCACCCGUCUCGCAGAUUACUUUCCAACAAUUGCUGAGUGUAAUUAAUUAAGCAUUGUCUAUUUGAUUAUAAUAACUGGAUGUUCGUGUGUUUUGAUUUUGCUUUUCUGUGUCAUAAUGACUUUCAAAUGUCAGAUAAAUUUCAAGAAUGCACUGUACUUGUUCCGUUUAAAACAACGUAUAAAA